AUGUGCGACAUAUCGAUCCGAGAGUACAUCCGAUGGCUCCCGGGCGAAGCAAGCGAGCCCACAUCAACAAUUGUGCUCACGACGCCACAGCGGCGGUUUGUGGACGUUCGCGUCUUGAAACUGACCUCUGAAGAUGCAUCUAAAACCAUCCUCCCACUCUCCCGAUUAGACUGGGCCAUCGCUGGGGUGUCCUCGUUGUCGGCGAUUCAGUCACCGGAGGAUCCAGGGCAGAAGAUCAAACAUUGCCGUUGGGACCACUGGAUUGAUUCGCGGACAGCGAAUACCGACGGUGUGUUCGACGAAGGCGAUAUGUUUGAUGACCCAUCAGACGCAAGCCUGACCUUGGAAAAGGGCCGCAUGGUGAACCCGGCUACUGGAGUAGAGACAGACUACGAGGAACUUUGGCGCUCCGAACCGAUCGAGACGGUGCCUGUCCCUGGGGCCGGGAAAGCAGAGGAGAUUACUUGCCUGGCGUUGCAGAUGGAGGCAUCGGGCGGCGGUGAGGGCUCAGUGGGAAGGGUCAGGAGGGGAUUGGUUGUCCGGCUGGGCCAGUACUGCCAGGCGUUUACACGGGAUGGGGACGACAUCACCGUUGAGAGGCUGAAGUGGGAUACCGGGCAGCAGAGGUGGACCACGGAAGUCCGCAUUGGGGAGCAAGAGUUGCCCACCGAGAUCGCAACGUAUCUUGCGCAUGAGGCCAGGAUUGAUGACGAGGUCAAAGUUGGUGGGGCGGCGUGGAAAGUGGUUGAAAGGGCGUAG